AUGGAACCUGCGGAGGACGUAAAUGAAAGCAACCCGAGAGAUUCAAUAACAGGUCAGAUCAACCAUGAAGAUGAUGGUCCGUUGAUGGAGAUUCAUGUCUAUUUCCAUAGCAAGCAAUUUACGGUCCAGGCACCGCCAAACAUAACAAUCUCACAACUUUCAUCUUCACUUGCUGAGAUGCUCUCGAUCGAACCCCAGAAGCAGAAGAUCAUGAUUACACCGAAACCAGGCAUCCUCAAACCUCCGUUUCCAAACACUCAGGUCUCCGCUAUCUACACACCCAAGACAAAGAUCACGCUUCUGGGAAGUACGGAGAAGGAGAUUUCUGACCUCAAUAACAGCAUUACCAAGGUCCGUGUCCGAUCCGGGAACCGACUUGCCGCUGAAAGAGCUGCACCCAAAGCCACCAAGCACCGAGAUUGGAAGAAAAUCCAGGAAGAAAGUACCUAUACCUUUCACUCUAUCCGCCCGCUACCCUAUCUUCUGAACCCGGAGCGGUCGCAUCGAUUUCUUGAGCGACUAGCAGGCGAUCCUGGCAUUAAAGCCGCUAUGAGGGCUCACAAGUUCUCCGUUGGUCUUUUGACCGAGAUGGAUCCAGCCGAGCACACCACACAGGAGUCACGGACAUUAGGACUAAAUAGGAAUCGUGGCGAGGUUAUCGAGUUGAGAUUGCGCACAGAUCGUUAUGACGGUUAUAGAGACUACAAGGUUAUUCGCAAAACUCUGUGUCACGAACUCGCCCACAAUGUCUUUGGUGAACACGAUCGCAACUUCUGGGAUCUGACGGGGCAAAUCGAAAAAGAGGUGGAGAAAGGUGAUUGGCAGCAUGGAGGCCAUAAAUUGAGUGAAGACGAGUUUUAUAAUCCGGGCGAUGAUGGCUAUACUGAUGGAGGGCAGCACUUGGAUGCUGGUGGUUGGACAGGCGGAGAGUUUGUGCUGGGCUCGGAUCAAGUCUCACAUGGAUCGGAGGGACUGACCCGUCGUGAGAUUCUGGCCAAAGCUGCAAUGGACAGGGCGGAAAAGCAGAAAAAAGCGCAGAAAGAGAUCAACGAGUCGCAAGGCGAUGAUAAGGCUUUAGACAAGCAGUGA